AUGGAGGACUACUAUGCUACUAUUUACUCUGCCGAGAUCGUCAACACUCUUACCAACCUACUUUUUAUAUGGCUUUGCAUCAAAGGUACUCGGAAUUGUUUAAAGUAUGACCAUGAUAGCGUAUUUCUGGUGGCAUUUCUAGGUUAUGGUGCUGUAGGCACAGAUCCUAUGCAACUUGUCGAUGAACUUUCCAUGAUUUAUACUACAUGCUUGAUGUGCUAUGCAACUUUCUCCUUCUCUCAAUCCCGCAUCUUCAGACAAGUAUUAGCAUUUAGCUUAAUAUUCCUGUCCGUAUUCAUAACGCUUUACUACCAUUAUCUCCAAGACCCCGAUUUCCAUCAGAAUGCAUUUGCGCUUCUGACAGCUACCGUACUUUUCCGUUCCAUGUAUGUCAUGGAAGUUAAUAUACGUCCUUCUCUUCGAAAGAAAUAUGCGACUACAGAACUUUCUCAUGAACAUCCUGAUACUACUCAUUCCGAGCGCUUAGCAAAUGAAAAGAGACAACAUGAUAUCUUGAAAGAAAUGUGGUUGAUGGUUGGCUUAGGUCUUUCCAUAUUUCUUGGUGGUUUUGGUAUAUGGUCUUUGGAUAAUCAUUAUUGCUCAACGGUUAGACAAUGGAGACAUGAGAUUGGACUUCCGUGGGGAUUAUUACUCGAAGGACAUGGCUGGUGGCAUUUGAUGACGGGCAUUGGAUCAUACUUCUAUUUGGUUUGGGGUAUUUGGCUACGACAUUGCUUGAAUGAUAAGCAAGAUGAAUACGUUUUGAAUUGGCCACAUUACUUCAGUCUACCGGAAGUCAUCACACGUCCUGAAAGUAGCAAAAUCUCGAGUGGAAGACGGAACGGAAAACAAAACGGACAUGUCAAAGAUGAAUCUAGAAAAUCCGUUUAA